GAUGGGUGUUAAGAAUAAUGGAAGAUAUGUGAAAAAGGAGUUUUUACAGAAGAUUGUAAAAAAUAGGAUGCCAAAGAUUAAUGGUAAAUACUAAUCAUUUUGUGGUAAUUUUAUAAUUGAAGCAAAUCAAGAAUGCGAUGAUGAUAAUAAUAUACAAAAUGAUUGUUAAUAUUCUUGUCCUUUGAAUUGUUCAAAAUAUGUGUUGAAGGAAAAUGCUAAGAAUGCAAUUUAAAUUAUUACUACAUUAGUUUAACAUUUUCUUACUAUUGAAUCUGUGGAUUUGUAUUUUAACAUCCUAAACAGAAUAAUGUGAUGAUGAUAAUACUAAUUUCAGGAGAUGGAUGCUCAAAUACUUGCUGGGUAAAUAAGAUUGAAUAUGUAUGAAGAAUGUAUCUAUGAAAAAUACCCAGAAUUUAAUUAAAAUACCUAUUCUAAAAAAAACCAAUACUAAUAUUUGCAAAUUGAAUUCAC